AUGACACUGACAGGACAGAAGGGCUAUGACUUGCCCAGACUGAAGGUAGCAAGACGCUGCAUUGAAGAACUCACUGAUUAUCUCACGGACACACUCUGCAGAGAGGAUCUGGAGAGUCUGAUAACUGAAGAGGGAGCCUGGAAGGCAUUUGUGGAGACAGCAGAGUUGUCAAGUGAGGAGGAAGCUGCACUGCGUGAUGCACUGAAGGAGCAUUUAGCUCGGGCGCCCACAGAUGAAGAUGAUGUUAAUGAUGGACCUCAAAAGGAGCUGAAGAAAAAGAGGUUUUUGGAAGAAUUUCCUCAGUUGAAAAGCAAGCUUGAAGGACACAUCAAGAAGCUUCAUGCCCUGGCUGACCAUCUUGACAAGGUGCACAGUGACUGCACCGUCUCCAGUGUGGUGGCCGACUCCACCAGCACUGUCUCUGGAGUCCUGGGCAUCCUGGGUCUAGUUCUGACACCCAUUACAGGAGGGACCAGCCUGAUGCUCUCAGCAGCUGCUUUGGGGCUGGUAGCAGGUAUGACUAGUGUCACCACCACCAUUGUGGAAGAGUCCAACAGAUCAUCAGAUGAAGCCGAAGCCAGUCGCCUGGUUGGAGCCAGCAUGGACAUACUGCAUGAGAUUAUGAAAACCAUGCCUAAGAUUAGGGUCAAACUUGCUAAUACGGGUUUGGAUUUAAUCAGUGCCUGUAAAACCCUCAAGGAGCAGAUCAGUACCAUCAGGAUGGCCAGAGCCAGUUCUCGCUUAGGAGCACAGGCCACGGAGAGCAUCUCUGAUGAAGCUUCCAAAAAGGUGGGGAAAUCCUUAGGGGGCACGAUUAGAGGAAUAGGCUUUACCAGUGUCUUCCUUUCACUGGAUGUGUACCACCUUGUGACUGACUCAAUGGAAUUAUACGAGGGGGCAAAGACAGAGUCGGCCGGAGCGCUUCGGAAACUAGCUCAAAUGCUGGACAGAAAGUUGCAGGGAUUUGAGCAGAUGCACAAGGCUCUGCAGUCAGAUCUGCCUCAGUGA